AUGUCUCCUCAUCCCAUUCCCACGAGCGAACUAGUUUAUCCACCGCGGCUGUAUAAUCCCCUGCCCGGUGCGGUGGAUGGCUUUCUUUCCAUAAGAGAGCAAAAUUCUAACAGAAAAGGUCUUCAGCUCCCCAGCAAUUUCAUGUGGGGAGUAGCUGGCAGCGCCUGGCAGACAGAAGGCGGGCUGAUGAGCGAAGGCCGAGGCCCAAGUGUGCUGGAUUUUAUUGGGGCGCUCCCGAACAAAGAGGGCCUCAACGACUCAGUGACAGCCGACAUGUACUACUUCAUGUACAAACAAGACAUUGCACGUUUGGCAGCAGUGGGUAUACCUUAUUAUUCCUUCUCCAUCAGCUGGACACGCAUUGUACCAUUCGGAAUUUCUGGCUCGCCCGUUAAUACAGAGGCUCUGGAGCAUUACAAUGAUGUAAUUAACACAUGCAUAGAGCAUGGUGUUACUCCAAUAGUAACACUGUUGCAUGAUGACUCUCCAAAUGGUAUAGACUACGAUAACGCGACGUCUUUCGGCGCAGCAUUCUUAUACUAUGCAAAGAUCACCGUGGCAAAUUUUGGCGACCGCGUACCUGUGUGGAUAACCUUCGGUGAACCAAAUGGAGGAAUCGGCAUUUUCUUCAAGAAAUACGACACGUUCCGCACUUUACUCCUCGUCCACGCUGAAUUCUAUCACUGGUAUCGUGAUGAGUUCCGCGGCACAGGCCAGAUUUCUAUCAAGUUUGCAAACAACCUGGCGACGCCCCUUCAUGGGCCGAGCAGUGCUGUUGACGUGCGUGCCUCACUACGUUACCAGGACUUCCUCCUAGGUAUCAUGGGCAAUCCAAUAUUUCUGGGUCAGCAGUAUCCAGCAAGUGUGCUGGAUACCCCCGAUUUGAAUUUAACGCCCCUGACAGCCGAUGAGAUAGCAUACAUCAACGGGACGUGUGACUUCUUUGCACUGGACCCAUACGUAGCUCAAAUUGCUACGGUCCCACCGAGGGAAGAUCCCAACCACGCACCCGACGACUACCAGCAGCUGAGGGAUUGCAUCACCAACUCAAGCAACCCACUAUGGCCUCAGUGCGCAGAAAUCACGAGCAUACAGCAAGACGGUUGGCCCAUGGGAUACUUCUCAAACGCAUAUAGCAAAGUGGCACCUAACUACGUUCGUCAACAACUUGGAUACGUGUGGAACACAUUCAAACCACAGGGCGGAAUCGCUAUUACUGAGUUCGGCUUCAAUCCUGCUUUCGAGGAGCAAAUUUCUGGUGAGGCACAGCGUUUUGACCUCACUCGGUCACUAUAUUUGCUCGAGUUUCUCGACGAGAUGCUCAAGGCGGUCCAUGAAGACGGUGUCAAGAUGGUUGGUGCCUUCGCCUGGAGCGUGUUCGAUAAUAAUGAGUUCGGCUCUUUUGCUCAACAAUAUGGCCUGCAGAGUGUCAAUCGCACUACUGGAACGUUUAAGCGCAGGUAUAAGAGGAGCAUGUUUGACUUUGUUGAUUUCUUCCAUGAACAUGUCGCUUCUUGUGAGCAAGUUUAG